ACCAUAGAUUCUAUCUGAAAUUUGAAAACCACCACCACCACCACCACCUUCCCACUAUGCCAUCAUUACUUUUACCCUCCCUCUCUCUCUCCUCCCUCUCUCUCUCUCUAAAAUCUGCCAUUCUUGCUACCUUGCUUUCCAGACACCCCUCUCUCUCACUCCCCCAUUUCUAACUAAUCACACUACUCAAUGGGCAGCCAUUACUCCUCCAACAAGUAACCAAAAAGGGAAGAAAGAAAAAAACACACUACACACACUCCAUGAACACUCUCAGACCAAACUCGCCAUGAUUACUCCCUUGCUGUCUUGCUUGCACCCAACUCUUCACUGAUUUCAUCUCUCCCUCUCUAUUUAAAACACCUUCGAGGAAAACCCAUAACUAAAAAUCGAAUCUUGAUUUCACAGAUUUUCCAAAUGAGCAACACCCCAUCUGCGGAGGCCUCGGAGGCCAUGAAGUUCGUCGAUUUCUGCAAGAAAAUGAAGCGUUUUCGGCUGUUUGAGCCGUCGGUUGGGGUUCUUGGCUUGACGGUUUGCGUGAUUUUUUGCUUCUUUUUGUUGGAUUAUGGAACUGUGACGAAAGGUGUGAGAUUUGCUUCUCAGAAUGAGAGGCUUCUGUGGCUGAAGAUUGAUGGGGAGGUUGUGGGUGGGAAAAAGAUUGAAUUUUUGAGUGAGGUUGAUGGUGGGUGCGACGUGUUUGAUGGUGAUUGGGUGUGGGACGAGAGCUACCCGUUGUAUCAAUCGAGGGAUUGCAUAUUCUUGGACGAUGGAUUCAGGUGCUCUGAAAAUGGACGGCCGGAUUUGUUCUACAUGAAGUGGAGGUGGCAGCCUAAAGAUUGCAUUUUGCCCAGAUUUGAUGCAAAGAUGAUGCUGGAAAAACUGCGAAACAAACGAGUUGUGUUUGCAGGAGACUCGAUUGGUAGAAACCAGUGGGAGUCUCUGCUAUGCAUGCUGUCGUCUGCAGUUCUCGACAAGAACACGGUGUAUGAAGUGAACGGCAACCCCAUCACGAAGCACAAGGGCUUCUUGGUUUUCAAGUUUGCAGACUACAACUGCACGGUGGAGUACUACAGAGCCCCCUUUCUCGUGUUGCAAAGCCGGCCUCCUCCCAGAGCCCCACCGGGGAUCAAGACUACGCUCAAAUUAGGUGAAAUGGAUUGGAUGUCGUCCAAAUGGAAAGACGCGGAUGUCCUCAUUUUCAACACCGGACACUGGUGGAACUACGAGAAGACUGUUAGAGGUGGCUGUUAUUUCCAAGAAGGCUCUGAGGUGAAGAUGGAUAUGGAAGUUGACAGCGCGUACCAGAAAGCCUUGGAGACCGUCACCACAUGGAUUCAUCGCGAGGUGAAUACCACCAAGACACAAGUCUUCUUCCGCACAUACGCCCCCGUGCACUUCAGGGGCGGUGAUUGGAGAAACGGGGGAAGCUGUCACUUGGAGACGCUGCCAGAGCUCGGCUCUUCUCUGGUGCCAUCUCACAUAUGGAGUAAAUACACCAUUUUCUCCCAAAUCGUGGCGAAUUCAUCCAUGUUUAGAGCAUUGGAUGUGCUAAACGUAACUCAAAUGACAUCGAGGAGGAAAGAUGGGCACUCCUCUUUGUACUACUUGGGGCCGAAGAUUGGCCCCGCGCCUAUUCACAGGCAAGACUGCAGCCAUUGGUGUCUGCCAGGCGUGCCUGAUGCGUGGAACGAGCUGCUCUACGCCCUCUUUUUGAAGCGCGAAAUGGCUAAAGCAUCGCGUUUUCAUGCACAGGUAUGAUCAAGCAUGGCUUGUGUAAAUAGUAUACAUAUAUUUAUAUAUGGUGCAUGAAAAGAGUGAGCAGUUUUGGUUGAAAGAAGAGGCAAAGCCAAGAUCAGAUGGUAGAGAGAUUUUUCUGACAUAGGGAAAUAGCAGAAUCCUAGGUACUUUUUUUUUUAUUUUUUUUAUUACACUAGUAGAUCUCAAGGUUAUUGGUAAAUUAGCAAGAUGAAGACAAUAAUUCUUCUUCUUCUUCUUCUUUUAUCUAUUUUUAUUUAUUUUUGGGUGAUUUUUCCCCCCUUAUUGUUAUUGCAAAAGUAGUUGUAGAUAGUAAAUCCUAUUGAAAUAUGAAAGUCAUAUUUUGAACUUU